GGGAGGUCAGCUGUUUCCAAAUUUACCUCGCAGGUCUGGUCCUCCAGCAUUCGCCGCAGGUUAGGUUGCUUAGCAGUAGGGGAAGACAUCCACAGGUUGUUGUGCGAUUAUCGGGAGCAGGAGGAGUUUGAGAUUGAGAGCGAAACUAGAGAUAUUCUUCCUUACGAGAUCUCCGAUUGGAUAAGUGAUCUUUUUAUCACCAAAGACCAAGAGCAGUAGGGUUUAACAGGCAAAGGGGGGAAAUGGCAAUUGGACAGGGCGACGCGAAGAAGGGGUCUCUUGCCACGAGCUUGAGCUUCUCGAACUGCAGGAGCAGCACGAGAAUCCUGGGGAGGAAGAGGGUGGCCGUGUCACCGACUCCGGGCCCCAGGAGCCCUCACUCUUCGGUCCGCACCCUGCGCAAGCAGCGCAGCGUCCGGUUCCACAUGGAUGACGCCGUCAGCCUUCUUGAAUCGCUGCCUCAAGACGUCCUGAUUAAAGUCUUGUGCAAGGUGAACCACAGCGAUCUGAGGCAGCUCCUCCUCGUGUCGAAACCAGUCAACGAAGCAACAGUUGUUGCUCGAGAGCUGCAUUUCAAGUUUGCGACGCCGUCCUCGAAGGCCGGUUUUAGAGGCGACGAGGACGGCGAGGAUGAAGAUGGCCCCGGGGCGCCCAUGCAACGCAGGGUUGCAAGGUCGCGCCUCCGGAACAAGAACCUGGAUAGCAUCGCCAUCAACCUGUCGGCGUCAUUCGAAACCUUGCUCUCCGAGGUCUAGAUGUAAAUAUAUGACAUCACAGGCUUUCAGUUUCCACUUCAGCUUGCCAGUGUAUCUAGUAGUGUCAGGCUGCAAAGUUCAGUGCUUUUUGUAGCCCACGUCAUAGAGAAACUUUUAGGUAGUGGUAAGUAGUAUACUCAUAUGAGUUACUAGUACUAGCUUAUAUAUAGAGAGAGUUUCUUCAAUGCUGUGAUUGAAGAACACAGACGAUGUUUUUAUCUUUUUUUUUGUAGAAGUACCUUGUAAAAGUUAUGUGAGAUCUCUCUUCUCUUUUGUGUAUGCUGUAAGUGUAUGAUCUCCGUAUGCUAGUGUGCACGAGAAGAUAAACUCUUUUAUUUGCUUCAAUA